AUGUCCGGUAAAGCUGAAAAGAAACCUGCCUCCAAAGCUCCAGCUGAGAAGAAACCAGCAGCCAAGAAAACCGCUUCAGCACCAGAUGCCAAGAAGAGAGGUAAGGUUAGAAAGGAGACCUACUCGUCAUAUAUCUACAAAGUUCUAAAGCAAACACAUCCAGAUACCGGUAUUUCUCAGAAAUCGAUGUCGAUUUUGAAUUCCUUUGUCAACGAUAUCUUCGAAAGAAUCGCUACGGAGGCUUCUAAACUAGCCGCCUACAACAAGAAGUCAACUAUCUCAGCAAGAGAAAUUCAAACUGCUGUCAGGUUGAUCUUGCCUGGUGAAUUGGCUAAGCACGCUGUCUCUGAAGGAACCAGAGCCGUGACCAAGUAUUCGUCAGCUGCUUCUCAAGCUUAG